AUGAGUAGUCAUAAUCAAUCUCCUGGUGUAGACCAGUCACUUAUAACAAAUAUUAGGAAGCAAAAGCAAACGCAACAUAAUAAUUCAGUUAAACAAUUAAGUGAAGGUAUUUUGCUAGAGCUAAGGAAAAAAAAUGGAGAGAAAACUCCUAGGACUAGAAGAAGAACUUUGGCUGUCGAUAAAAAGAAUAUUACGUCUGAAAAUGACCAAACUGAAAGUGAAGAAAAUAUAAUUCAAAAUAUUGCCAAGGAAAUUGAUGCUCUUCAAAAUGAAAUUAAGGUAGCACGAGAUAAGUGCCUAAAGAUAAUGGAAAGUCAACAACAAUUUAAGGUCCUCAUUGAUUCUUUAAGUAACCAAAGAAAACUUGUUUUAGACAUGAAAGAGAAUUUAAGAGAUAUUACUAUUCGUGAUGUUGGGUCUAGGAGUGAUGUUGAAGAAUGUAGCGAGUUUAUGGGUGAAUUAUAUCUCAAAUGCUUUGACCAAUUUAAUGAACAAAUUAGAAGUACAGAAGGAUUUUAUGAAACGAUAAAAAAGUAUAUUGAUUCGUGUAAUAAUUUUACUCGAGCAAGAAAUGAUUUUGAUAAAUUAAUUUCAAGUUAUGCGACUGUAGAUAUGAAACUUCAAAAGAUGAAUAAAGAAAAACGACCAGAUAUUAAUAAAGUAGGACAAUUGCAACAACAAAAAGAAGAAACUUUUAAUUCUAUUAAGAGUGAAGGAGAAAAAGUUACUGAUUUUUACGUUGAUUUAUAUAAUGAGUUUUUGACCAUUAUGCUCCAUACUUCUGUUGAUUUAAGUGAUAAAGUAUCAAAGGGGUUAACUAGUACUAAAAGAAUGUUUAAGGAUAAAGGAGAAAAAUUAAAUUUAUGGAAGACUUUAAAUAUUGGAGAAGCAGUCAAAAAUACAGAUGUUGAAUAUCCACAAUGGAUGGAUGAUGAUCCAUUAUUUAUUAACAUUUUUGAAGCUGAGAAUCAUUUAGUUGAAAAGAUGGAAUAUUGUGUCGUUAAAUAUGCUAAAUCGUUGUUGUGUAAUCCAACAUUAGCAACAACAGGAAUGAGUAUGGCUGAUGUUAAUCUUAUUUUUACUGAGAUUGAGUCUAUUCAUUCAUUACAUCAUUCAAUUUUUACAGAACUUAAGAAUUCAAAUAUAGACUCCUUUAUUGAUGCAUUCGCUAAACGUGCAAGUCAAUUGUAUGAUGUUUAUAAAAGAAGAUGUGCUCAUUUUAAAGACUCUAUGAAGAAGUAUAAUAAAUGUCUUCAAAUCGAUGCAUUUAAAGAUGCUAUUGAAUCUAUUGAUAAUUCGAAUUUAAGCCAACCAAGGUUAGAAGAACUUCUUCACUUACCAUUCAUUCACUUAACUCAAUUAGUUCCAUUAUUUAAUAGCCUCAAAGAUGAUUUUUCUGAAGAAACAGAUAAAACAGAGAAAUUAGAAGAAUUAUGUUUUAUCUUUACAUCAUUAAGUCUUUUAUCUGAACAAGCAGAAAAAGAGAACGAUGUUGAGACUCAAUUAAGUAAGAUCAAUGGAUUGAAAGGUAUUUCUUUUAAUCCUAAAAGAAAGUAUUUAGACCGUCAACAAUGUACAUAUAACAAAACUCAAGGAACAAUGUUUUUGUUUAAUGACAUUUUUAUCUUUACAAAACCAGAGCGUAAUGAAUAUAUAUUUGGGUCUGUUAUUAACGUUAGUCAAAUGGUUUCAUUUAGAGUAAAAAAUAAGAAGACUGUUGUUUUGGAAAUCAAAAAUGAAACAUGUGACAUUGGAUUUAAGGAUACUCAAACAGCAGAAAAAUGUGCAAAAUAUCUUAAUAGUAUCAAAUAUGAGAUGGAUAGAAAAAAGAUUUUUGGAACAGAAAUUAAGAGUUCAGUCAUUGCAAGAGAAGAAGAAACUACAUUAAUACCAAAUGUAAUUCAUAAAAUUUUCGAUAAAUUAGAAAAAGAAGCACCAGACACUGAAGGUAUUUUUAGAAUUAGUGUUAGUGUAAAAGAUUUAGAAGAAACAAUGACUAAAAUAGAUUUAGAUGUGAAUAUUGAUGUAAGUAAUAUGUCUUGUCAUUUAUUAGGUAAUGUAUUAAAGAAAUAUUUAAAUUUAAUGCCAAACAAAUUACCUAUUAGUCUUCAAACAGUAGAUGUAGAUAAUAUUAAAGCUAUUCAAGAUAUUUUAGAGCCAGUAGGUAAAAGCUAUUUGUUAUUAAUGGAACGAUUAUUUAGGUUACUUCAAAUGAUUGAUAAAAAUAGUGGUGUUAAUAAAAUGACAGCAGAUAAUUUAGCUAAAGUUAUUUGUCCUAACAUUUAUGAAGAAGGUGAUGACUUUGGUAUGAACAUUGAAAAAUUAACUCGAACUGCCAUUGUAAUGAUUCAGCGAUAUGAUGAAAUUUUUGGGGAGUUUAGGUCAUCUUUUGAGAAAAAGAUUCAAGAUGGAAUGCAAGAAAUUAAUCACCAAAAAGAGUUGGAAGCUAAAAUACAAAGUGAAGAUGGAUUUAAAGAAAUUCCAGUUAGUAAGUUAGUAGAAGGACACCAAGAUGAUAAAACAGUCGUAUUAACAUUAAAAGAUAUCAUCAAACAAGGAGAUGUUGAAAUGUUAGAAGGAAAGAAAUGGGGUAAGAAGUGG